AUGCCCAUAAAAACGAUAUUGGGCUCACCUAUGGCAAUGAAACGACAGAAUCAAAGCUCUGUGGUUGACUUCAUCCUCUUGGGGUUUUCCAACUUCCCUGAAUUCCAAGAGCAGGCCUUUGGGCUUUUCUUGAUCAUUUAUCUGGUGACUCUGGUAGGAAAUGUCAUCAUUAUAGUUGUCAUCUCCCUGGACCAGAGCCUCCACGUCCCCAUGUACCUGUUCCUCCAGAACUUAUCUGUGGUGGAGGUGAGUUUCAGUGCAGUCAUUGUGCCUGAAAUGCUGGUGGUCCUCUCUGCUGAGAAGGCUACGAUUUCUUUUGCGGGCUGCUUUGCACAAAUGUACUUCAUUCUUCUUUUUGGUGGAACUGAGUGUUUCCUCCUAGGAGUCAUGGCUUACGACCGAUUUGCUGCAAUCUGCCAUCCUCUGAGCUACCCAAUGAUUAUGAACAGAUGCGUUUUUAGGAAACUGGUCGUGUUCUCAUGGGUCUCAGGAAUUCUGGUGGCCACUGUGCAGACCACAUGGGUAUUUAGUUUCCCCUUUUGUGGCCCCAAUGAAAUUAACCAUCUCUUUUGUGAAACUCCCCCAGUUUUAGAGCUCACAUGUGCAGAUACCUUCCUGUUUGAAAUCUAUGCCUUCACAGGUACCAUUUUGAUCGUUACAGUUCCUUUCUUACUGAUUCUCUUGUCUUACAUUCGAAUUCUCUCUGCCAUCCUGAAGAUGCCAUCAAGUACUGGGAGACAAAAGGCCUUUUCUACCUGUGCUUCUCAUCUCACAUCCGUCACCCUCUUCUAUGGCACGGCCAAUAUGACUUAUAUACAACCCAAAUCCAGCUACUCACCAGAAACCAAGAAGCUGAUGUCACUGGCUUACUCACUGCUCACACCUCUGCUGAACCCACUCAUCUACAGCUUGCGAAACAGUGAGCUGAAAAGGGCUUUGAAGAAAUUAUGGCAAAGAAAAGUGAUUUUACACACUGUCUGA